AGGAAUGUGCCAGAGCACUGUCUCGAAAUUAACGGGCAAUGUUUUGGAAGAAAUUGAAGCCAAAUUGUGUCCUAAACAUAUUAAAUUUGAGCCAGAUGAUUCGAGAAGGUGCAAAGAGUGGUUUGUUGAGAACUAUCAAAUUCCAGGAGUGGUUGGAUGCAUUGAUGGCACCCACAUUGGACUACAAAAGCCCACGGUCAACGAGCAUAUGUAUUUCAACAGGAAGGGUUUUCAUAGCAUAAAUGCAAUGCUGGUGAGUUUAUUUGCGACCACACUACGAAAAUUCUCGCAAUAA